AUGGAUGCCAUCCUGCUGGCAACCCUGGGGAUGUUCAUCCUCGAUCAAUUCCAGUUCGAAAGCGUCACAGAGCCAGACUCCCUCUUGCACGCAGCUCUGCCAACGCGGUCCAAAGAGGGUCUCGUCCAACAGAUUGGCGGCGGUGGCACGUACGCCUCGGUCGGUGCGAGGAUAUGGGUCGAUGCUGCUCGCAUACGCAUGAUCGUCGAUCGUGGUCACGACUGGCUACAGGAAGCUCAAGCUGUUCUCGACUCAUUCGGCUCCAUGUGGACGUUCAGAGAUGAUCAGUCUCGACAGACGACCCGAGCGGUCAAUAUCUACAUGCCAGAAGAACAGAGAGGCUUUGCCUAUCUCACGCCGAAGCUCCGGCUGACGCCUGCAUCGCACAUCGACUCGCUCGAGCAGGGACGCGUCUUUGAUCCUGCCUGGCUUCACUUUGUCUGCUCGCCAAGUCGUGCAAUAGAAAUCUGCAAAGAGAUCCAGCAUCUCAGAGCAUCUACACCGCACUAUCAGUUUACGAAGCUGCUCUACGAGCCGAUACCCGAUUCGUGCAUAGCAGACAAUCUCGCUGACCUUGAAAGUGUCUUACCCUCCAUUGAUAUCUUAUCGCCCAACCAUACCGAAGCAGGUGGCUUCUUCGCUUUAUCGGCCAGCAUUAUGAGCGAGAAGAUUCAUAUAGAGUCGUGCGCGACCAGACUAGCGAAGAGCAUGCGCGCCGACUCGGUGGUCUGCGUUCGUUCAGGCAAAGCUGGCGCCUAUACCCUACAGAAUGGACGUGGGGAAUGGUGCCCGGCAUACCACCAGUCGACAACCAAGAUCGUGGAUGUGACAGGAGCAGGCAAUGCCUUCUUGGGCGGUCUUGCAUAUGGCAUGCAGACUUGCUCGGGCGACGCGCACCAGGCAGCCGCUUAUGGAUCGGUCUCGGCCAGCUAUGCCAUCGAACAGUGGGGCCUACCCAGGCUCAACGACAAGGGCUGGAAUGGCAAGCAGCCCGAUGCAAGAUUGCAUGCUCUGCUACAGCGUGCUUAG